AUGGCACAACCAACCCCAGUUGAACCCUCGAUUCUCAUAAUCGGCGCCGGCGUCGCCGGACUCACGCUUGCGCAAGGGUUGCGACUCCGCUCCGUCCCCUUCCGCAUCUUUGAGCGCCAUGCACGAUCCCACAUUAAGCAGGGCCACCGCUUCCGCAUCUCGAGGGACGGCCAAGCCGCCCUCAACAGCGUCCUAUCACCGCAGCUCCAGGACCUGCUUAGACGCACCACAGCUGAGAGAUACCACUUUGCGCCACGAUACGUAGACGCCCGGAAGCUCGACUUCCCCGUGCCUGUGCCGGUGGACCCCGCGGACUCGAUGCCCCUAGACAGGACCUGGUUUCGCAUGCUCGCUUCUCUCGAACUCCAGGAUGAUAUUACGUACGAGAGGGAGUUCGAAUCCUACGAGAUAAUAGAAGGGUUGGUUCAGGUCAAGUUCACGGAUGGCUCGGUCGCUCGUGGACAGCUUCUGGUUGGAGCAGAUGGAAUCAAAAGCCGCGUGCGGAAACAGCUCCAGCCGGAUCGAAAGCUGCUUGAUCUGGAGCGCUGGGUCACGUGGGGUCGAACGCCAAUGACGGAUGACUUGAAAAGAUCACUUGCACAGUCAGACUUGUUGAGUUGGUGCAUGUGCCUGGACCACGAGUCUAAUGUGCAAAUGGUCGUCGAACCGAUGACGUGGUCCAGGAGCGUGCACCUCGAGUCGGAAGCCAAGCUGCCAGACUUUCCCGACUAUGUAUACUGGGUUAUUUGUACGGCGUCCUCUCAAUUUGUAGAGCAUCUGCCGAAGACGGUGCAAGAGAAGAGAGUGUACCUAGCGCGAGUCUCCGAGACCUGGCAUGCUGCUCUGAAGCACCUGCUCGAUAAUGCUACGCACGAAUUAUCCGCCUGCGUUCCCAUUCUUUCUAGCAAGCCGGACAUUCAGCUCCGCUCUGUUGGUCAGGCUAAAAGGUUCACGCUGAUCGGCGAUGCAGCCCACCCAAUGAGCCCGAUGGGUGGCUCUGGUGGGGAUACGGCUAUUCGAAACGCCGCAGACCUGGCGCGGACACUUGCUGAAGAAGGUGUCACGAAGGGCAGUAUCAUGGAUUUUGAGGCUAGGAUGCAAGCAAAGGCAAAGGAGAAGAUCCAGCAUUCUUUUAGAGGUGGACAAAAGUUCUGGCGUGGGAAGGAAUGGACUGAGUACAACGAAGUCGACAUUUGA